GACUCAAGAGUACGCAAUACACACAUCCGUUUUUCCCGUAGAUAUUAACUAAAGCUAUAUAUUAGCGACAAACCAAACAUGAUGCUUGAAGGCUCGUCAUGGUGGAUGGAGGUUAGCAUCUUGGUUGCAGUAGUCACCAUAUUUGUUGGGUGUAAAUGGUUGAUGAUGAUAGCCAUGAGAGGUAAGCCACCAUUGCCGCCUGGUCCAAGAGGUUUGCCUUUAGUAGGAAAUCUUCUUUUUGUUGAACCCGAUCUUCAUAUUUAUUUUUCAAAAUUGUCUAAGAAGUUUGGCCCAAUCUUCAAAAUUCAAAUGGGUACAAAAAUCUAUAUCAUCGUAAACUCAGCUUCAUUGGCCAGACAAGUCCUCAAAGAAUAUGAUGCAAUUUUUUCUAACCAUGAUCCCCCAGCAGCCGCAGCAGCUCUCACAUAUGGUGGACUUGACAUAGUAUGGAGGCCAAAUGGUCCUGAAUGGCGAAAUUUGCGCAAGGUUUUUGUUCGCGAAAUGAUGAGCAAGACAUGCUUUGAUGCUUCUUAUGACCUUCGUCGAAGAGAGGUGCGAGAGAUGGUGAAAGAAAUCUAUGCAAAAGUAGGCUCACCCAUAAAAGUUGGGGAUAUAAUGUUCUUAACUUCUUUAAAUGUAACAAUGAGCAUGUUAUGGGGUGCCUCUUUGGAUAAAGAUAAGAAAAAUAGUGUCGGCUUGGAGUUUAGGCAAGUUAUAAAUGCGAUAAUUGAUCUUAUAGGCAAACCUAAUAUAUCUGAUUUCUUUCCUAUCCUUGGGCCAUUAGAUUUACAAGGAAUUGUAUCAAAAAUAAUGAAGCUUAGGUUAUGGUUUGAUGAGAUUUUUGAAUCAGUGAUUGCAAUGAAACCAAAAGUUGAUGGAGAAAGCACAAAGAUGAGUAAUGAAAAUAAAGACUUUUUGCAAAUUUUAUUGGAGCUUAGGCAGCAAAAAGAUGAAAGGACGCCACUUUCCAUGACAGAUAUCAAGGCUUUAUUCUUGGAUAUUAUUACGGGAGCAACAGAUACAUCAUCAACUAUUGAAUGGGCAAUGACGGAUUUAUUAAAAAAUUCAGAUAUAAUGAAGAAAGUGCACAAAGAGCUAGAGAGAGUUGUUGGUGAUGGAAAGAUUGUAGAAGAGUCUGAUUUAAACCAACUUCAUUAUUUGGAGGCAGAAGAGAUGAGUCAAGAAUGGUGA